ACUAAAUGAAGAGAGCGGCGGAGAAUUGUUUUCGCGGGAGUCGGCAUAUCAUAGUAGAGACAGUAUGGACGGAGCAUUCAUUCAACAACAUCAGUGGUACUGUGCUUUAUUCUUGUUGAAGUGUUUCAAAAGAUACCUUUGACUGUGCUAUUUACUGCUUCACUGCAAUCUCGCCAUUCCCUUCUGAAAACCCCCUAUAUCGAUUCACCUCGACUUAUUGCGUCAUGGGACUCAAAGAAGAUCUGAACUACGAUCCUCCAUGCCAUCCUCGAGCAUGCGCUAUCCAAGCCUGCCUGACCAAAAACUCGUACCGCGAAGACAAGUGCCAAGCGCAAAUCGACGCCUUGUACGAAUGUUGUAACGCCUUCUACCAGCAACAAGGCGACGAGGGCAAGACCGUGAGCUGUCCGAAAGCCAACCUGCUGCGAUUGAAGAUGAAGCAACGGGCGGAGGCACGAGGCUGA